GGUUCCAUUCAGUGGGCGGUGGGGGGAAUCAAAACUGUUCUUCUGCAGUCGCUCUGUCCCAUUAUCAGUUUGUAACACCCAGGUGGAAAGAUGAAGACGCUUCUAAAGUUUACAUAAAGAGCUAUACGGAUCCCACCUGAAGAAUAACUGGACGAAUCUGACCUCAUAAACGGAAUAACUACUGAUUCUACGUCUAAGAAGAAACGUCUAGCAGUACAUUUGUCUUUACGGCUCUGUUUGUGACCCUGCAAUUCUCCUGACACUUUCCAGUUCCCUGGAGGAGUAGUUUGGGAUUGGAGAAGUGCACAUAGCAUACAAAGAAAUGACUGAACAGGGUUUCUCUGCUUCCACUCUAUUAAAGCGCUAUCGUCUGGCCAUGACUGAGUCAAACUCAAUCUCCUCACCAUCCGGUACUGCUGCUGAGGACCUGUCAGAGAGUAAGGACCUUAUAGCAGACGGGGAUCCCAACUUCCCCAUGUCUUCACUGGCAGAACUUCUGGACAAUGAUGAUGGAUCACAGCCGCCCCAGGAUUCAGCUCGGCCUGGACUACAGAAUGAUAACAAGCAGAACUCACGAAUAAGGUUCCCAGGAGCCUUUAAAAAGGGAGUUCCUAACCCCAUGGACCUUCUUGAGUCCACCAUGUCUGAGUAUCCAGUGGCACCUGGGCCUAAGAAAGCACCUAUGGACUCCCUGUUUGACUAUGGCACAUGUAGGGAGCUCAACAACCACAAGAAACGCAGGAAGAAGCUUCCACGAGGGAAGGCCGAGAUUGAGAUGUCAUGUGACGAGGGAUCCCCAGAGCCCCCUGUUCUUAAAGUCUUCAACCGUUGGCUGUUGUUUGAAGCCGUAUCUCGAGCAGAUCGAAGAGCUCUGGAUGGUCUCCUGCAGUAUCUUCAGUCACAUGAAAAGAGGCUGAUAGAUGAAGAGUUCAAAGAACCUUCUACAGGGAAGACGUGCCUCCCAAAAGCACUUCUGAACCUGCACAAUGGUCACAACGAUACCAUCCCUGUGUUAGUGGACAUUGCCGAAAAGACAGGAAACCUCAGAGAGUUCAUCAAUACGCCCUUCAGAGAUGUGUAUUAUAGGGGUCAGACGGCACUGCAUAUCGCCAUAGAACGACGAUGCAAACAGUAUGUGGAGCUUCUGGUGGAGAAGGGGGCUGAUGUUCAUGCCCAGGCCAGGGGCCGAUUCUUCCAGCCCAGAGAGGAGGGUGGAUACUUCUACUUCGGUGAGCUGCCUCUGUCACUCGCAGCUUGUACCAACCAACCAGACAUGGUGCAUUACUUGACCGAGAAUAGCCACAAGAUGGCAGAUCUGCGGAGGCAGGACUCAAGGGGAAACACAGUCCUGCACGCCCUGGUCCAUAUCGCUGACAACACUCGGGACAACACACGUUUUGUCACUAAGAUGUACGACUUGCUGCUCAUCAAAUGUGCCAAACUCUACCCAGACUGCAAUUUUGAGAAUAUUCUCAACAAUGAUGGCAUGUCCCCUCUCAUGAUGGCUGCCAAGCUGGGCAAAAUUGGGGUGUUCCAGCACAUUAUCCGGAGAGAGAUAAAAGAUGAGGAGGCUCGACAUCUUUCCCGGAAGUUUAAAGACUGGGCUUAUGGACCCGUCUACUCCAACCUGUAUGAUCUGUCUUCACUGGAUACCUGCGGAGAGGAAGUCUCUGUUCUGGAGAUACUCGUCUACAACAGCAAGAUUGAGAAUCGCCAUGAGAUGUUGGCGGUGGAACCCAUAAACGAGCUGCUGAGGGCCAAGUGGCAGAAGUUUGCCGCUGUGACCUUCUACAUCAGUGUGUUUUCCUACCUUGUCACCAUGAUCAUCUUCACUUUUGUGGCCUAUUAUCGUCCAUCAGUGGGUACACCCCCUUACGCCUACAACACCACAGAAGCCAAGGUGCGUUUGGCAGGGGAGAUCAUAACCGUGGCUUCUGGAGUUUUUUUCUUUGUAACAAAUAUUAAGGACCUUUUCCUGAAGAAGUGCCCGGGGGUGAAUUCUUUACUUAUUGAUGGAUCCUUUCAACUCCUCUACUUCAUCUACUCCGUGUUGGUGCUGGUGAGUGCAGCGCUGUAUCUGUCUGGGAUUGAGGCCUAUGUGUCUGUGAUGGUGUUUGCUCUAGCACUAGGUUGGAUGAACACCCUCUAUUUUACCAGAGGCCUUAAACUCACUGGAACUUACAGCAUCAUGAUUCAGAAGAUUCUAAUCAAAGAUUUGUUCCGGUUCCUGCUGGUUUAUGUGCUCUUCAUGAUCGGCUAUGCAUCAGCAUUAGUGUCACUGCUGACCAUCUGCCCUGAUCAGAAGACGUGUAACGGUAGCUGCCCCAAAUACCCAGAAUGCCGAGAUACAAACACCUUCAGCGAAUUUCUCUUGGACCUGUUUAAGCUGACCAUAGGCAUUGGAGAGCUGGACGACAUGCUAAAAGGCGCACAGUAUCCCAUCGUCUUCCUCAUUCUCCUGGUCACCUACAUUAUCCUCACCUUCGUCCUGUUACUCAACAUGUUAAUCGCUUUAAUGGGAGAGACGGUGGGACAGGUGUCCAAAGAGAGCAAGCAGAUCUGGAAACUGCAGUGGGCAACAACUAUCCUGGACAUUGAGCGAUCCUUCCCUGUGUGUCUGCGGAAGUCUUUCCGUGUUGGAGAGAUGGUUACUGUGGGCAAAGGCUUGGAUGGAUCGCCAGACAAACGCUGGUGCUUCAGGGUGGACGAGGUGAAGUGGUCCCACUGGAAUCAAAAUCUGGGGAUCAUAAACGAGGAUCCAGGCCAGAAAGACCAUUACGAACAAACACAGGGUGGACGGGGCCUUCGAAGAGAUCGCUGGUCAACGGUCGUCCCAAGAGUGGUUGAACUGAACAGGGGCUCCAGAGACCAUAUCCUAGAGAUGGAGCCUCUCACAGGCAGACGCAGACAUAAGUCUGAAAGCUAAAGCUGAACACUAAGGACUUAAAAGAGGGUAAAGCCCUUGAAACUUUUAUUACUGGGCAGACAG